CGGAAGCAACGUAGACAAAAACCUUAAUAGACGAUAAACUGAAUUCAAGCUCAGCUCAUAGUGGCACCCUUCUAUUAGUCGAAUGGCUUCAGAAGCCCCCGUUCCCGUGGCGGAUGGCCAGCCCCGGACGUCAAGCCUAAAGCUGAAGCGAACUCUCACUCAAAAAUGCAGCGCCGGUGGCGUCACGGUGACUCUGCAGGAUAUGUCUUUCAUUGUGAAGAACAAUCGCAAAGGACCAGACGGCAAGCACAGUGACCUCGCGCUGGUCAACAAGGUGUCGGGCUGGUUCGAGCCUGGGCAGAUGAGCGCACUGAUGGGCCCCAGCGGCAGCGGCAAGACCACGCUGCUGGACGUGCUGGCGGGGCGCAAGACGUCGGGGCGCAUCCAGGGCGAGCUGCGCUUCAGCGGCGUGCGGCCCAGCGCCGCCUACCAGCGCAAGCACACGGGAUACGUGGAGCAAGUGGGGGAGGGGGGCGAGGCGGUGGAGCAGUUUGACACGCUGCUGCCCAUCCUGACGGUGCGCGAGAUGCUGCUGUACACGGCGGAGCUCAAGCGGCCGCUGGGGGAGCCGCUGGCGGACAAGAAGGCGGCGGUGGACCAGCUCCUGGACGCCCUCGCGCUCACCCGCUGCGCGGGCGUGCGCAUCGGCUCGCCGGAGGCCCGCGGCAUCAGCGGCGGCCAGGCUAAGCGCACCAACAUCGCCAUCGCGCUCAUCACCGACCCGCGCGUGCUGUUCCUGGACGAGCCCACCACCGGCCUGGAUUCCUACACAGCCAACGAGGUGAUGCUGACGGUGCAGGCUCUGGCGCGCGGCGGCGUGACGGUGGUGGCGACCAUCCACAGCCCCACCGCAUUCUGCUUCUCGCUCUUUGACAAGCUGAUGAUGAUGGCCAGCGGCCGUACAGUGUACUUCGGGGCGCAGGACGCCAGUGCGGUGUCGUACUUCCAGCGCACCUGCACCUCCGUGCUGGGGCAGGACGUGGAGGCGCUGGCGGGCCCCGGCUCCAACAGCGCCGAGUUCCUGGUGGACAUCAUCACCGAGGCCGACCGCGACGGCAAGGGCGGCGCGCUGGCGGACGCCUACGCGGCCAGCGACCUGGCGGCGGCCAAUGCGGCGGCGCUGGCCGGCCACGUGGCGCACUUCCAGAACACCACCCUGCCAGAGGACCUGUCGCGGGAGCUGGCCACCAAAACGGCGACGGUGACGCCGUUCUGGUGGGGCAUCUACAUCUACGCCAAGUACAGGACGGUGCGCAACUACACCAACCCAGCCUUCGUGGCGCCGCGCGUCAUGGACAAGCUGACAAUCUCGCUGCUGGUGAUGACGUUGUACCUCGGCAUUGGUGACAACCUGGCAUCCGACAACCUGAUCAACAUCUCCGCCGUGCUGUUCAUGUGGAGCGCCACCACUGGCUUUGUGGCCGCCGGCUACAUCCCCAGCCUGGUCCUGGAGCGAGGGCUGUUCGUGCGGGAGCGGAAUGACGGCCUGUACCUGGCGCCCACCUACCUGACCGCCAAGCUGCUGGACGAGAUCGCCAUCAACGCCGUCGCCAGCCUGGGCAUCGCCGCCUUCACCUUCUACGGCAUCCAGCUGCUGAACAACUUCGGGCUGUUCUACAUCUCCUACCUUGUGGGCGUGUGUGUGGGCAUCUCCUUGGCCUACUUCGUCGCGUCGUUCGCGCCCAACAUGGAUGUGGCCAACGCGCUGCUGCCCAUCUACGCCGUGACGCUCAUGUUCUUUGCCGGCUUCCUCAUCCGGCCCGCGGAGAUGCCGCCGUGGUGGAAGUGGUACAUGUACAUUGACUUCGCCAGGUACACGUGGGGCGCCUGCAUGAUCAACCAGUUCAAGAACCACAACACGCCCUGGAUCAACGGCCAGACGGUGUUGGAGUACUAUGAUUUGGACGGCAUGGACGAGUGGACCUUCGUGGGCUACGCGGCGCUGUUCUUCCUGUUCUUCUACAUUUGCACCGCCACCAUACUCACCUUCAAGAAAUACCAGCUGCGGUAAAUGUUCAUCAAGCACCUGCUAGCUGCUGGCGCCAGCCGCACGCCGCGGCGGCGGUGGAAGGCUGCAGUUCUUCUCCUCUUCUCCUGAAGCGCAGCAUCGCAUCCCUUCACGUUAUGCGAAAGCUAAGAUUUUCUGUCAUUGGAGGAGAGUGGGGUGUGCUGUGAGCGUUUAACAGGGGGACUUGGCGUGGGGACUGGGGUUGAGGCUGCGAGCCAUAGGGGCACCAUUUGGAGGCGGGGGCAUGUGGCGGCCGAAGGAGUUGCGGCCCGAUUAAUUGUGUGAGGAGUGCACACAUGAAGAACCGGCGGCCGGUGGGGUGCUUUAUCGGUGUUAUUGUGUGCUAGAUGGUUGGAGAAAGAACGAGAUACCGUGUGAGAGGGGUUGACCUGUGACUCUGUGAGUACCGUCUGCGCAUGCGUGCAUACCGUGUUAACGCGUUGACUCAGGAGUCAGGGUCCCGUGGAAUUACUGCUAUGAGCUUCGGCGCUGGAUUCCCGUGAGUGCGUUACUUAGUUGCGUGGCAUGAGGGAGUUGCGAGAGGAUCAUUUCGUGUGAGGCGACCACGUUGUGUGGCAACCGUGCGUUGUGGGAGUGCUGCGCUUUCAUGCUGGUGUGCAGAGUGUCAGAGCCAUGUCAGCAGCACACGACUUACUGACAAGGCAGAUGGUCUAGGUAUAGGCGUGUAAGCGGUGUAACAUAGGAACAGGUGUACGUUGGUGUUGAUUGUGGGUCGUGGGACGGCUGCGGACGGCAGCACGCAUCUACCGUAUGUUUAGUGCAAGGUGCAGACGGUCGCGUCAGAAUUUGAGACACCGCUUCGUGAGGAAUCAUACGUGAGUGUGUAACGGUGGGACAUG